AUGUCUACCAAUUUUAAAAGUACCUCCAUUUCUAUUACUGCUGAUUUUGUUUGUCCUACUGUUCUAGAUUAUGAGGAAAGUGUUCAGACCAUCAUUUUUACUACGUCUGAUAAGUUCGAGGAAUGGUUCAAAAAAGACGCGUUCUCCAUUCUAAUUCACAUCACCUUCUAUUUGUGUGAUCAUGCUGGUGCCGACAAGAAGAACACUAAGAAUAGCACAUGUACUAUUGAUACUACUAAUUUAUCUUCUAUAGGUAAUGAUCAAGGCAGUAGCAGUAACCAACUAGAGGUUAUGCGUCCUAAGAAGACCCGUAUUACUAUGAAGUCUUCUAUCAAGAUAGGCUGCACUGCCAAAAUCACUAAGCAUGUCAUGACGGACGGCACAAUCCAUGUUGAAUACCACUGGGAGCAUCCUGAUCAUUAUCCAUGA